UGGGCAUUCACUGAGCUCCAUUUUCUCUCCUCUCCCUCUCCAGGUACCCUGGUGCAGGCAGCGCUGACUCAGCCGCCCUCGGUGUCAGCGAACCCAGGAGAAACCGUCAAGAUCACCUGCUCCGGGGGUAGUAGCAGCUCUGCUGGAAAAUAUUAUUAUGGCUGGUACCAGCAGAAGUCACCUGGCAGUGCCCCUGUCACUGUGAUCUAUAGCAACACCAACAGACCCUCGAACAUCCCUUCACGAUUCUCCGGUUCCAAAUCCAGCUCCACAGCCACUGGGGUCCAAGCUGAGGAUGAGGCUGUCUAUUACUGUGGGAACUGGGACAGCAGCAGUAGUGCUUACUUGCCCACAGCUAAGGGGAACAGUGCAGACUUACUGCAUGCAGCUGGGGACUUCAGGCGUGGGGCUCAGUCCCACUGCCGUAUGCUGAGGGCUGUGUGUCACACACUCAGUGAGCCCUAUUUUCUCCCCACCCCAGGUUCCCUGGUGGAGGCAGCAGUGACUCAGCUGGCCUCAGUGACAGCAAACCCAGGAGAAACCGUCAAGAUCACCUGCUCCGGGAGUAGCAGCAGCUAUUAUGGCUGGUACCAGCAGAAGUCUCCUGGCAGUGCCCCUGUCACUGUGAUCUACGAUAACACCAAGAGACCCUCAAACAUCCCUUCACGAUUCUCCGGUUCCCUAUCCGGCACCACAAACACAUUAACCAUCACUGGGGUCCAAGCUGAGGAUGAGGCUGUCUAUUACUGUGGUGCUUGGGACAGCAGCACUAGUGCUGGUAUAAUGAUAUGGGGAGAUGUGGGGGUAACACACAGACUGCAAUUCAAAAGCAAGCCUUUUGCCCUUGCUGAGGCAGGAUCCAGUCCUUUCUGCCAGGCUGUACAUAUAAAUAUCCUCCCUUACUGAACCUUGUCAAUUAGUAAUCAAUUCUGGGUCCAGUGCCUCAUUAUCCCUGUUCCUGCAAAGGCACAGCACUGCAC